AUGCAGAUUUACUGUGGCCAACUGACCACUCCAACCCGACCCCAGAUGUACUGUGGCCAACUGACCACUCCAACCCGACCCCAGAUGUACUGUGGCCAACUGACCACUCCAACCCGACCCCAGAUGUACUGUGGCCAACUGACCACUCCAACCCGACCCCAGAUGUACUGUGGCCAACUGACCACUCCAACCCGACCCCAAAUGUACUGUGGCCAACUGACCACUCCAACCCGACAUCAGAUGUACUGUGGCCAACUGACCACUCCAACCCGACCCCAGGGGUACUGAGGCCAACUGACCACUCCAACCCGACCCCAGAUGUACUGUGGCCAACUGACCACUCCAACCCGACCCCAGAUGUACUGUGGCCAACUGACCACUCCAACCCGACCCCAGAUGUACUGUGGCCAACUGACCACUCCAACCCGACCCCAGAUGUACUGUGGCCAACUGACCACUCCAACCCGACCCCAGAUGUACUGUGGCCAACUGACCACUCCAACCCGACCCCAGAUGUACUGUGGCCAACUGACCACUCCAACCCGACCCCAGAUGUACUGUGGCCAACUGACCACUCCAACCCGACCCCAGGGGUACUGA